AUGCUUCGUGGAUCUGCUGCUACCGCCUACCGUUUUCUCUCUGAAGUUGUUGCUCUCAACAAGAACUACUUUCCAAAGUUUUUGUUCCCAUCGUCUAUUACGAGCACUGUAGAGACUCAGAAAGUUGCUGAGAAGAGAGGUGAAUUCAAUGUGUAUGAAGCCUACCCAAUUCAAAACCCAUGGACCAAGUAUACAGAAAUUCCAUACUCUGACCUUUCACUCUGGGAAAAGGUUGACCGUUUCAUCACAAUCCAAUACAGAAAGUCGAUGCGUUAUGAAACUUUUGGUUUAUUAUAUGAUGACAUUCUCAAUGAUGAAGAUCCAGUCGUUAUUGAGGCCCUCAACAGAUUACCAGAGGAAGUUCGUCGUGCUCGUGAAAAACGUCUUGCUCGUGCCUUCGACUUGUCUGUAAAUCAAAAACGUCUUCCAAAAGAACAAUGGACAAAGGUUGAGGAUGAUGUGGCAUACUUGCGUCCUUAUAUUUUGUGGGUUCGUGCAGAAAUGGAAGAAUUUGAUGCUGAAACCUUGAACAAGACUGAUUUCAUUCCAUUCUUCAGUGUCAGUGCUGAGGACUAUGAAACUGGAAAGGUCUUUAAAAAGAGAUAUAUUGAUUAA